AUGCUGAGAAGGGGGAUGGCUGGUAGAGGUAAAAAGAUUUUUUGGGGGGGGGGUAUUUGCACUUUCAUUAUCAUUCUCGCUACUGCUGCGGCCGCUGGGACUAUUGCUGUUGAUACUACUGAUACCACUGAUACUACAAGUACUACCAAUACUACAAGUACUACUAAUUCUGCUGAUGUUGUUAGUGCUGCCGCUUCCCCUACCUCUGUUGCUGCCGCUGCUGGGGUAAGUGGUGAAUGGAAGAGAGAUACGAUCAAGUGA